GGUAGGAAACGUAAAACGGACGAGGCUGGUAUGGCCACCAGAGGUUCCGCCAAGGCUGCGCGAGUUAGUGUUAGCCCGGACUCCAAGGCCAAGGGUGGUAAAAGAGGCCCGAAGGCAAACUUAGCCGCGUCGCAAUUCAAAGCGCGCGCGCUUCCCCUUCAUAUCAACGUCACAAAUACUCCUCCCUCCAUUGCAGACGGCGAGUCUGCGCCCGCGACAUCCGUCGAUCCUGGAUUCAUCGGGACCACCACCUUGCUUCCUAGCACGUUCUCCACUGGGAGCUAUGGCUGGAAGGGCAGUAAGCGAAUCACCAUCGAGUUGCCAAACCCUGACAGUGGAGACGACUCGAAGGAGAAAGUCCAUGUGAUGCUGACUAUCAACGCUACCGUCAUGGGUAGCAAGAAUGCCAAAGAGGAACCCGAGGGAAAGGGCGGAGAAGAGGUUGAGGUUGCUGAAGAAGAGGGAGCCAAGGGAGAAUCACUGGAUGAGGGAAAUGAAGCAGCCGUUGCCGAGGAGGCCGAGUGA